AUCAUAUUAACCCUGCUGGUGAUGACUGUCCCGCUCGUUCAGAGCAGGAAGAUACUUGUCUUUCCUGUGGAUGGCAGUCAUUGGAUCAACAUGAAUACCUUGGUGAAGACUCUUCACGCCAGAGGUCACAAUAUCACAGUUAUCCGGAUGCUAAACAGCUGGUACAUCGAAGGAUCUUCACCUUACUACACAUCCAUCCAACUAAAUACUACUGGAGGAUUUGAAGAAGAAUUCUUCAAGGUGUUUGGGACAAGACUGAUGAAAAUUUUGAGAGGUGGUUCCACUUGGGCUCGCCUGAAACUGGAGACAGAACUGUGGAAAAAUGGGAUCAAAUUUUUUAAAGCUGAACGUAAGAUGAUUACGAACAUGUUUGAAGACCAUCAGUUAAUGCAGGCCUUACAAGACGCCAAAUAUGAUUUGAUUCUCACAGAUCCAGCCACUUUUGGAGGUGUUAUAUUGGGUCAUUAUCUUAAACUGCCCAUCGUCUAUAAUGUCCGUUGGACGGCAUUUAUUGAGGCUCAUUUUGCAGUAGCCCCUUCCCCACUUUCUUAUGUACCUUUGCCAAUGACGGAGUUAUCAGACAGCAUGAGAUUUUCUGAAAGAGUGAAGAAUAUUUUGAUGUACAUGUUAAUGCAAACACAGGCUACUUUCAUGAUCUCUGGAACGUAUGAUGCACUAUGUGAACGCUUCAUUGGCCCAGGAGCAUCCUACUUUACCCUAAUACAGGGUGCGGAUCUGUGGCUCCACAGGGUUGAUUUCACCUUUGAAUUCCCACGUCCCACUAUGCCAAACAUUGUCUACAUUGGUGGCUUUCAUUGCAAGCCAUCAAAGCCUCUUCCACAAGAUCUUGAAGGAUUUGUGCAGAGCUCUGGUGAUCAUGGUGUCAUCAUCAUGUCUCUGGGCACUUUUGUCGGUCAACUUCCUGAUGAUGUGGCAGAGGCAUUUGCUGAAGCUUUUGCAGAACUUCCACAGAAGAUCAUCUGGGGAUACAAAGGAAGAAGACCAUCUGCACUGGGAAACAACACCUUGAUAAUGGACUGGAUACCUCAGAAUGAUCUUCUGGGUCAUCCUAAGACCCGAGCCUUUGUGGCCCAUGGUGGAACCAAUGGAAUCCAAGAAGCCAUCUACCAUGGCGUACCAAUCAUUGGAUUUGGACUCAUCUUAGACCAGCCUGAUAAUCUUUCAAAGAUGAGAGUGAAGGGUGUAGCCAAGACCGUAGACUUUGCCACAGUGAAUAAAGACUCUUUCCUAGAAACUGUCAAGGAGGUUCUUUAUAAUCCCAGUUAUCGGGAGAACAUGCAGAGACUCUCAAGACUUCACAGAGACGUUCCAGUGAAGCCUCUGGACAGCGCCAUCUUCUGGAUUGAGUUUGUCAUGAGGCACAAAGGUGCCGCUCAUUUACGCACAGAGUCGUACAAAAUGCCCUGGUACUCGUAUCACUCUGUUGAUGUCAUGUUGUUCCUGCUGUCUGCUGUGACGCUCAUAAUGCUGACCACAUAUGUGCUUAUCAGAUAUUUAUGCUGCAUAAUAUGUAUGAGAAAACAAAAAAACAAACUAGAAUGAUUUGUCUAUAUAA